AUUUGAUGAUAUUUGUAGUACUCAACCUUCCGACGACGACUCUGUUUCAGUGUUGAUCCAAACAGGCCAUCAUCUGCCAACUUCCCAUUUUUGUUUCCUUCUCGUUUCUUCUCCUUAUUCUUCGUCGUCUUAAGUCAAUAAACAAUAGAAGGGAGGCAGCUGAGUCUGAUCAGAGGAUGGGAAGUGAGAAGGGAGCUGCAAUGACCCACGGGUCUCCCCUGGCGCCGCCACCGGUGGUGGCUCCGCCCGCAUCAGCACCGGUGCCGAUUCAUGUUGGGUUUGGGAACAUCCACCAGAGUAACCCUCCUCUAGAGCAACUCCCCAAUCUCCAGUUCUGCCUCCACUCAAACCCUUCUUGGCCGGAAGCUGUGAUGCUUGCUUUCCAACAUUAUGUCGUUAUGCUGGGAACAAUUGUCAUGCUUGCUUCCUUCCUUGUCCCGCAAAUGGGUGGAAACAAUGGUGAUAAAGCACGUGUUAUCCAAACACUUGUGUUCAUGAGUGGAGUCAACACGCUUCUUCAGACAUUGAUUGGAACUCGCCUGCCCACAGUGAUGAACUCUUCCUUCGUGUUCAUCAUUCCUGUAAUGUCAAUUAUUAGAGACUUUGCUUCGCGGACCUACGAUGAUGAACACCAGAUUUUGGUGUUGCUGCAGAGGUUUAUCCAUACUAUGAGAGCUAUUCAAGGUUCAUUGAUGAUAUCCUCAUUCACCAACAUAUUUCUUGGUUACACCUAUACAUGGGAAAGACUCUUCAGAUUCUGCAGUCCUGUAACUGUAGUUCCAGUGGUCUGUGUUGUGGGACUUGGGCUGUUUGAGCGAGGCUUCCCUCAGGUAGGAAAAUGUGUUGAAAUCGGAUUACCAGCAUUGAUAUUGCUAAUGCUGUUAAUUACAGCACAACAGUACAUACAUCACAAUCAUAUGAACACCUAUUUUCUGCUGGAGAGGUUCUCCAUAAUUUUGUGUGUCAAAGUUGUAUGGGCCUUUGCUGCUGUUCUUACGGCUGCCGGUGCAUACAACCAUGUCCCUGAGAAGACUAAACUUCAUUGCCGAACCGAUAGAUCAUACCUCAUAUCCUCUGCUCCAUGGAUUAAGAUUCCAUACCCAUUCCAGUGGGGGACGCCCAUAUUUGCUGCAAGUCAUAUAUUUGGGAUGAUUGGUGCAGUGCUUGUGUCUGCCUGUGAGUCUACUGGUGCACACUAUGCAGCUGCUCGUUUAGCAGGCGCCACGCCGCCUCCUGCAUAUGUGCUUAGUCGAAGCGUCGGCCUUCAGGGUGUAGGUAUGUUGCUUGAAUCGAUAUUUGGUGCUGCAGCUGGUUCAACUGUAUCUAUUGAGAAUGUGGGGCUUCUGGGAUUGACACGAGUUGGAAGCCGGAGAGUUGUGCAAAUAUCGACCGGUUUUAUGAUCUUUUUCUCCAUAAUUGGAAAAUUUGGGGCUUUCUUCGCUUCAAUUCCAUUACCAAUAUUUGCAGCAAUCUACUGCAUUCUCUUUGGACUUGUUGCUGCGAUUGGUAUCUCAUUCAUUCAGUUUGCCAACAACAAUUCCUUGAGGAACUUGUACAUCUUAGGUGCUUCACUUUUUCUCGGUAUUUCGGUACCGCAGUAUUUCAAUGAAUUCACAGCUUCAGCUGGCCAUGGACCUGCUAAAACAGAUGCUGGAUGGUUCAAUGAUAUACUGAAUUCAGUCUUCUCGUCAGCUCCGACAGUGGCUUUAAUGGUAGCAAUAGUUCUAGACAACAGGCUGGAGGCUAAGAUUUCUUACUCAGACAGGGGUUUCUCAUGGCUGAAACCCUUCAACAGGCAUGAUGCUAGAAAUGAGGAAUUCUACAGCUUCCCUAUCAAAGUGCACGAAUGGAUACCGACCCGAUUCAUCGACUAACUUUCGCAUCGUUAAGUCGAGUAAACUUUGACGUGUGUGUGUGCGGCGCAUCAAGGAGGAACACUGUCUUCAAUCUGGUGUGGAUAUGUAUGUCGAUCGAUGCAUUAAUAUUACUCGUUUGCUGCAUGUCUGAAAUGCUUCGGAAUUCAGUAAUCUGGAGCACUAACAUUAAUGUACAGAAUGUUAGAGGCACUGCUAUAUAUUUUAGCAAUUUAAGCACUUCUAUAAUUUGGUUCA